UAAGAUCAGAGAGACUAUGAAACACAAAAAUCAAUUUGAAAAUAAAAUAAAAAACAAAGUUGGAGACUUUGAGCUCACAGAAAGUUACAGACACUUGCACGGAGAGAGAGCUGAGGAGCUUUGAUCCAACCACUGUUGAUUUUAGCAAGGCUCUUCUUCAAACACCUGCUGGGUUGGGAGAAUGCUCUGUUCUAGAAAUAAUUGCAGUUGGCUACCCAUGGAAACAUGUCCAUGUACCAGGUUUACUGCAUUUUGUAUUGGUUGUUUGUUCUGGUGAAGUUAUUCCUUAUGGAUAGAAAUCUGGGUAAAGGUGCAAUGGAUCAACCAAAAUACAGCUCUGUUGAAACUAUAAAUGAUGGCUAUGGGUCAGCCAAUCAACGGUUUUUCCCAGAUCCAUCAAGUAAUAUGAACAUUAAUAUGCGACCUCCAGAGUAUAAUGUUUCUGUUGGAACCAGACCUGUAUUAAAUUACUCUAUUCAGACUGGCGAGGAGUUUUCUCUUGAAUUUAUGCGGGAAAGGGUGAACUCAAGGCAGCAUCUAUUAGUCCCACAUGCCUCUGGGGAUCCUAAUAGUGCUUCUAGAGUUAUGGGUCUAAAAAGCAUACUUGCAAUCAACAAUUCAGGCUCAGAGAGUGGGUCUGAUGUUUCUAUGGUGAAUUUAGCAGAGAAAGAUCAUGUCCAGGAAUAUGAUAGAAAGACAUCUCCUCUUGAAAAUCAGAGUUAUUAUGAUUCGGUACGGUCACCACAACCCUCAUCAAGAAAUGACAUUAAUCGGGGACUUUCUCAUGCCUCUUCAGGAGUGUCUGAUAGCUCAUUGGGAAAAGUGAAGUUCCUGUGCAGCUUUGGUGGUAAAAUCUUGCCUCGUCCUAAAGAUGGAAAGCUUAGAUACGUUGGAGGUGAAACACGUAUCAUCCGGAUAACCAGGGAUAUCUUUUGGCAGGAUCUUAUGCAGAAACUGUUAGCAGUUUAUGAGCAAACUCAUACAAUAAAGUAUCAGCUUCCUGGCGAGGAUCUUGAUGCAUUAGUUUCUGUUUCAUCUGACGAGGAUCUGCAAAACAUGAUGGAGGAAUGCCUACAAGAUGGAGGAUCACAGAGGCCUAGGAUGUUCCUCUUUUCUAGUGUUGAUGUAGAGGAAUCUAAAAGCGUGGAGGGGGAUUCUGAAAUUCAAUAUGUUGUUGCUGUAAACGGGAUGGACCUGGGUUCAAAAAAGAAUUCUCUUGCUCUGGGAAGUUCUUUAGGCAACAAUUUGGAAGAGUUACUCAGUCUAAGUGUUGCAAAGGGCAGCAUUCACACUGUACCUGAUACAAUGCAGGCUAGUGCUGUUCCAUCAGUGGUAGAAGUGACUUCAUCAGUUGACCAAUCUUCUCAUUCAGCGGUUCCUGGUUCUUCAAGUGCUUAUGAGAACAACUCACAGCUUUAUCAGGGACAACAAUUGCAUAGUGGAGACACCCAACAACAUCCAUUGUCAGCUUUGAACCCUGCGGAGAGCUUCCUUGCACAAGAUGAACAAACUUCAGUGCUCUUAUCUGUUCCAGCGCUGUAUGAUUUCUGUUCUCAGCCUCCUAAUUACGUAAUUGGAGAAAAUGUCGGUUCUAUGCCUAUCUUUGGACAGCCAAUUCAACAAGGAGGUGUGAUUGAAGAUCGGGUAUAUGCUGGAAUACAUGGGCAAGAUACAGAACUACCCAUAAAAGAUAUGGGAUUGAAAAGAGAUAGCUCCAACAAAAAGUUAAAUAGAGCUGAAAAUGUUCAACCUUUGGCAAAGGAUACUCCACUGAAGGAAGCAAGAAUGACGAGGGAGAGCUCUCUCCAGAAGAUAAAUGAAAUUGAUAAAGUUCGAAAUUUAGAUAAUGAGAACUCUGUUUCGGUAAAUCCAUAUGAUGGUUCUGUUCCAAAUUGCAUUACCGGGGAUGAAGUCUCAGUUGGCAGUUCAGUGGCAGAGACAGGGUCACCCUUAUUGACGACAAGAAUCAACAAAAAGCUCCUGGAACCUCGACAGAAUUCAGCAACCUCUGAAGGUGUAGGUGAUGGGCAAAAGAACAAUGGAGAUGACCGUUUCCACACAGCAGCCAGUCAACUGUCUAAUCCUGGAUAUGGUGGCUCUGAAGUUGAUCCUAGAUUCGCCAGCUCUGAUGUUGACUCUAGAUAUGCUGGCUCUGAGGUUGAUUCUAUGGACUUUAGCUAUCUUGAACAACCUGUGAUUCCUCCACGUGUCUAUCAUUCAGAACGAAUCCCCAGGGAGCAGUUAGGGUUGAACCGUUUAUCAAAAUCUGGUGAUUCUUUCGGUUCUCCAUUUAUCGUAGCUCAGGCACAUUCUGAUCACAAACAACCAAGCAUGGAAUCCGUUGAGAAAUUGCAUGAUGAGAAUGUUUCUUUGCAGUCUGAGCAGCCUGUCUUACCUUCCAAAUUAGUGUACAAAAAUCCUCAGACAGUUGAAGAGGGCAUUGACCAAAAUGUACAAAGAUCUGACUCCAAAAAUGUAGUUUCCAAUUCAGGUGAUGGUCGUGAAACGGGCAGGCUAAAAGAUAAUUACGGAGACAGAUCUAUCAAUGAUAAACAAGCAGCACUGACUCAACUAAGAGCUGGUCAGGAAACUUCUCUCAAGCCUACAGAUGAUUCUGCUUCAGUUCCACCAGAAUAUGAAUGGACCGAGAUAAGUGGCAGUAAGGACUAUGGAAACAAUGGCAAGGGUCAUGUAAAUCCUGUGACUCAGAAACAGAACUCAAUUACAGGUGGUGGUAAUGGCGAAUCAGCUGCUGGUGUUGGGACUACAGAUAUUCUUAUUGAUAUCAAUGAUCGUUUUCCCCGUGAUUUUAUGUCUGAUAUAUUUUCCAAAGCUGAGACAGAUCCUUCUGGUGUCAGUCCACUUCCUGGGGAUGGUGCUGGCUUGAGCUUGAACAUGGAGAAUCAUGAACCUAUGCAUUGGUCGUACUUCCGAAAUUUGGCUCAGAAUGAAUUUGUGAGAAAAGAUGUAUCCCUUAUGGAUCAGGACCACCUGGGUUUUAUAUCCCCACUGACAGGUAUUGGAGAAGGAGCUCCAGUUGAUUACAGCUUUCCACCUUUAAAGUCUGCUGGAGUUCUUUUUGGUCACAAUGAAUCACAUAUCAGUUUUGAUGAGGAUAUUCGGCAAGAUUUGUCAUCUAUAACAGGACCCACCACCAUCAAUGCAGAUAAUCCUUCUCUACCUGAGGGAAUUGAAAGUGAGCAGGUGGAUGGGGUAAAUCAUAGAGUACAAGAAUCAGAAUAUGAGGAUGACAAGCUGGAUAACAACAACACAGGUGUACCACAUGGAGAUCUUUCUCUGGAAACUUUUGAUAUUACUACUUUGCAGAUCAUAAGCAAUGAAGAUCUUGAAGAGCUUAGGGAAUUGGGUUCUGGCACGUUUGGGACUGUUUAUCAUGGAAAGUGGAGGGGAACAGAUGUUGCCAUUAAGCGAAUAAAGAAGAGUUGUUUCACAGGGCGCUCAUCAGAGCAAGAAAGAUUGACAAUUGAAUUCUGGCGUGAAGCCGAAAUUCUAUCAAAACUUCACCAUCCAAAUGUGGUGGCAUUUUAUGGGGUCGUGCAGGACGGACCAGGGGCAACGAUGGCCACUGUUGCGGAAUUCAUGGUGAAUGGCUCUCUGAGGCAUGUGCUACUUAGCAAAGAGAGACAUCUUGAUCGUCGUAAAAGGCUCAUUAUUGCUAUGGAUGCAGCGUUUGGAAUGGAGUAUCUGCAUUCAAAAAAUAUAGUCCAUUUUGAUCUGAAAUGUGACAAUUUGCUUGUAAACUUGAAAGACCCUUUACGACCCAUUUGCAAGGUGGGAGAUUUUGGGCUGUCUAAAAUCAAAAGAAAUACCCUAGUUACAGGUGGUGUGAGAGGAACCCUUCCAUGGAUGGCGCCUGAGCUUCUUAGUGGUAGCAGCAGUAAGGUUUCAGAAAAGGUUGAUGUAUUUUCCUUUGGCAUUGUCUUAUGGGAGAUUCUUACUGGUGAGGAGCCUUAUGCCAAUAUGCAUUAUGGAGCAAUCAUAGGAGGCAUUGUCAAUAAUACAUUGAGGCCACAUGUGCCUGGCUAUUGUGAUGCCGAAUGGAAGUUGCUGAUGGAACAAUGCUGGGCUCCUGAUCCAACUAUCCGCCCAUCAUUCACAGAAAUUGCCAGACGGUUGCGUGUGAUGUCUGCAGCGUGCCAAACUAAGCCGCAGCAGCAGCAGAACCAGGUAGCCAAGUAGCCGUGUCGGGAUGAUGCCCAUGCAAGCUUACAUUUACCACGCCAUGAACAUAAGACUUUAUAUAUAUAGAUAUACUCCGUAUAGGUUGCGUGUGUUAUAAGAGUGGGGAGAAGGUCUCUCGUAGUAAAGCGUGGUCCGAGAAAUAUUGUCGGACAGCGUGAUUGUGUAUUGGUGCAUAAUAGGGGGAAGAAUUGGCUGACAUGUAAAUUAUUUAUUUGUGUGCAUAGUAAAUACUUUCUUUUUGGCA